AUGACCCGUAUCGCCCCCUACGCAGAACAGCGUGAGCAUAUGAACGUCAAAGGUCCUGGCGAUGCCCGGCGUACAGCUACACAGAUUAUCGAGCACCAGGGACUUGUCGCCCAUCCAUCAUGGGCUGAUAGAGUUGUCCUCACCACUGGUUGCUCUGCUGGUGAACUUGGGCCCGAAACGGCGAAAGCGAUGCGCCUCAUAGGAGCUGAUGUUUACAUUACGUCUCGUGAACGCUCUAAAGGUCAAAAGAUAACCAAUGAGCUUUUAGCAGACGGAAAGCCUGGUAAAGUUGAGGUGAUUUCAAUAGAUUUAGGAUCAUUCAAAAGUCAUUCUCUACUAUUUAAUCUCUUAAAAGACGCUCUCCUGGCCUCGGCCAGCCCUUCAUUCAAUUCCCGCAUCUUUGUAGUUGUCGCCGCCGCCCACCAUCGGGCCGAGAUCAGCUUUGAUAGUCUUGAUUUCGACAAAACCGAGUACACGCCGCUGGGGGCCCAUGAUCAAUCUCUUGCUGAUAUUCUCUUCGCAAACGAGCUGGACCCCCGAUACCAAUGCCAAAAUUUACGGGCAUCAAGUCUUGACCCUAGUGGUACCGCAUCCACUGUAUGGGCUGCUGUAGGCAAAGAGUGGGAAGUUAGGGGAGGUUUGUAUCUUGAUGAAUGUGCUGACGGGUGGCUUACACCCGACGAUGCCCUCUACUAUCAUGGUGGCUACGCUCCUCAAGCCUUUGAUCUUCGCACACAGAAGAAGCUUUGA